AUGGAGAGGGACGAGGCUCGGAGACCGCGGAGGGACGAGAAAAGACGGCACCGCGCCGCGCGCGAGACGACGAGCCGCGAGGACGCACCCACGGCGACGCGCCGCGGCGACGCGACGCCUCCGCGGGCAUCGUGCUAUCUGCUGUGGACGCCCCUCGCGCGUAUCGCGCGCGCGGGGCCGCGACGCGCGAGAACGACGGCGCGCCCGCCGUGCGUCGAGCCGCGCGACGCGACGUCAAAUCUGAGACGAGUUCCCCUCCGACGCGUCCGAAACAUUAAUGUCAGUGUGUGGCCUGGAGGCCGGUUUCAGUUUUAUCAUUUCACCCACCCUUCGGGUUCAACGUUCGAUCGCGACGCCUUUCAACUGACCGCUGGGGGUAUUACGGAUCACACGCCCUAUCUUCUUCUUCCGACGCGAGACGCCUCCGUCGUCGCGCGCGCCGACGCCGGCGCGAGGCCAGAAGCGACACGCGCGAGCGACAGAGCACUCGCACGCGUCGUCAGGAAGCGAGCGAAGGCGCGCGGAAGCAUGGCGAGCGCGUCGUUGGCGUCUCCCUUGACGUCUCCGAAGAAGGAAUCCUCGCGCGGUUAUUUCCGCCGCGGAACCUCCGUCGUCGCUCCGAAUGCCGUGACCACGACCGCGCGCGUCGCCGCGACGCGACGCGUCGCCCCCGGCGCCGCGACCGCCGCGCCCUCCUCUUCGCGACGUCUCCACGGCGCCGGCGCGCGGCGACGCGUCGUCGCGAGAGCGGAGGGCGAGGCGAGCCGGCGCAUCUCCGGCGCGGGCGUCGCCGGAGAUGGGGCCUCGGACGCCGUCGAUCGCGUGCACGGGGCGCGGCAGUCCGCGCAGGCGAAAUCGCUGGAGGCGCGACUGGCGGAGGUGAGCGCGCAGACGCCGUGGGCGGGCGGCGCGGCGGCGCCGCCCGCGGACAGGAAGGGGAAGGACGACUGGGCGCGAUGGAGCGAGACGUUCGACAGAGUCGACGGCGAGGAAGGCAUCCUCGACGCGCUGCGGGUGCGCGCGCCCCGCGCGGAAAAGCGCCCCCCAUUCGUGCAUUGCAUUCAUUCGUUCGUCCGCGCAAUUCUGUCGUCGUCCCUUCGAUUGGUCUCCGAGUAG